AUGGGGCUGCUGCGACCGCAAGAGCUCCUCGUGGGCCGUCGCUUCGCCAUGUGGCUAUUGGGGCCGUGGGCUCUUGGUCCUGGCCACAAUGUCUCCGAUCUGUUGCUCAUGGACCAGCAGAUGGCUCGACAACUUGGCACCACGUUACGACCAGCAGGACGUCUUCUGUUGCCCCUGGCGGCUGCGCCCGGCCCUGACCAGCUCGCCAGCUUGCGUCUCUGGGUCGAUGGAGACAACGUUGAGGCUUCUUGGACUAAUGCACUGCAACGCCAGCAGCUCGGAGACUUCGUGGCUCUAACGGUCUUCAAGCAGCCGGACGUACCAGGUCGCGCGGUACGGGUUAGCAACGUUUCGGGCAACGUUGGCUCGCGCGUGUUGCUCUCGAAUCAGUACGUGAAGCUCUGGGAUUUCCACGUGCCAUCACGUACGAGUUGUGAGCUGCACGAACAUUUGCAUCCGUACAUGUUCUUAAACCGAACGGCCUGUGAGACCCAAGGACUCGGUGCAGAGCUUCAACCAUCAGGACCUGUGACGUCCUUUGCGGCGUGUGAAUUUCGGUGUGUUGAAGUGAACGACACCGAACGACACGUCCAUGCGUUCCUCAACCCGGGGGGAAACGAUGUGCAGCAGUAUAUCGUUGAGUUCGUAGUGUGA